GGACCUGUGACGCAUUUUCCAAGCGCCGGAAACGUGCUCCCAAAUGCUGAUGUGUUAUUUUGCUUAGGCGUUAUUUGCUAUUUGUUUGGUUUUGAAAAUUAUUCUUGAAAUAUAAUCAGAUCCGUCAGUUUUUUAGAUGCCUACAGAGAAAGGCGUUGUCAGGUGAAACAGUCGCACAAGCAGGAGAACUCAGGGGAGAUGGCGCCGAAAGGAAAAGUUGGAACCAAAGGCAAAAAACAAAUCUAUGACGAAAACCAGGAUACUCUGAAGUUCUACUGCAGGAUCGUCCUGGGAGCAAACGCUAUUUAUGUAGCAGUCAAUCUCCUGCUCUUUUACAACUCCUCUACGUUUUGGACAUGGUUCUUUCUGCUGUUCGCAGUGGCGGUCUACAUUGGCAGCUACAGAUCUAUGUCGGCGAUGGCCAAACCUGCCUUUGCUGAAGAUGGUAGCUUGCUGGACGGAGGGAUUGACCUUAAUAUGGAACAGGGCAUGGCAGAACACCUGAAGGAUGUGAUUCUUCUUACUGCUAUUGUUCAGGUCCUCAGCACUCUGUCGUCUUACUUCUGGUACUUCUGGCUCCUGGCACCUGCAAGGGCUUUGCAUUUAUUGUGGGUGAACUUCCUGGGCCCCUGGUUUUCUGCUGAAUCGCAGGCAGCCCCUGAAGAGAACGAGAAGAACGACAAGAAGCAGAGGCGACAAGAAAGACGCCAGAUGAAGAGAUUCUAGACUUGUCUGUGUUAAUUUUUUUUACAUGUAUUAUACAAUUACAAAGAUCAUGCAAUCUAAAUUAUUCUGAGAUAUUUGAUAGGACAGGCUAGUCCAGACAAUAGAUGGGCAUUGUAAAGUGUCUUUGACUUCUCUCAAUUGUCAUCAGCUGCUCCGUCCUUUUCAGCCCUUCGGUUCCUUUCUCUCACUUUAUGUCCAGCUAAAAAUGUCUAGCUCAGGUUCGCCUCUUAGCGGGGCUCCACAUAUAUUUUUUUUUAUCAUAAACUGAGUAAAACACAGAAUGCCUUUGCUUACUAUAGUGAGUUUUCAUAUCAUUAGUUUCAGUCACUAACAAGUACUUUUCAACAGGUGCAGCUACAUGACCCAUUGACCUCAACAAUUUAGACUGAGGCUGUAUGAGCUUCAACAUCCACACGACAUUUCGUUACAAUUCCCCAAUUCCCCCUUUGGCCUUUCAGAAAAUAUUGCUGUGAUUGUUCAGUAUGGGGAAAUGAUGUGCUGGUAAUAAUCUGAUGUGGUGUUCUGUCCAAGCUAUAGGUGCAGCCUGGUGCUGCCUUGAGAAAAUGCAAACCAGAUAAAGAUAAAAAUAAUAGAUCCUGAGUGGCAAUAAAGGACUGUUUUGGUUACACAUUUUACCUGUUCAAAUGAAACUAUACCGUUUUAUGAAAAGUGGAUGGGUAAUUAGCAAGAAUAACAUUUAAUAAGCAUGACCUCACAGUAUUGACUGGCCCAACAUUAAUUUAACAUUUCAAUGGAUUAAAGAAAUGAGCAAAAGAAGAUAUAAACUGUGUCUUGACAAGCAGGUUAAAAAUGCUUCAGUUGAAAUUUAUGGAGACACACUGAUUAUAAAUAAACUGUUAUAAAAAAGA